CUUUUAUUAUAAUCAAUGUUUGUAUACUACACAAGUUUGGAAUGUCUACUUUUUAAAAAAGCUAAUUCAUGAAAGCUAUACCAAGCAUUCUGGACUCAUAUUCGCUUUACCACUAAUCUUAACAACUUUGAUAUUAAUAUAAUGUACUUUCAUUAUCAACGAGUAGCCAAAACACUAUUUCAUUAAUAGGAAGCAUAACUGUUCUAGUUUGGAAGACUGUUCAGUGGUAGUAGCUUCCAACCGCAGCCAGGAACGACUUUACAAACAUCCAUGUCUGAAAACCUUUUGAGUCAUAUUCAUGCUUGCAGUCAGCUAAAACAUGUUAGAGAAAAUUUGAAUACUGUAAAGUGUAUGAGCGAAGGUAAGUUCGCUCCAUCGUUAGAUCUGCAUCAUGAAUCUGAAUCCUUUCUUAGACCUUCAAAAUCAUUCUCCCAUGAAUGGGUUAAAAAAUUACAAAAGCAAUGGGAAAACGAGGUAGACUCUAGUGUUCUUUUUGAUUUUCCCAAGAGUAUAUCCCGUACAAAUUUGCAAUUUCGCAGACAGGGAUUGGAAGGUCAUAUUAUAGAUUACAAAGAAGUCUCUGAAGACAUCGCUGAUCUAAAUGCAAAAAACUCUUCAAGUUUUCUGAGAAAACCAGCAUCCAAAAGCGAGUUUGUACGAGGCAGCACAAAUAACAUACCAUUUUUGACUGAUGAUCCUGACAAUCCCCAGGAAAUAGCAGCCCCUAAACCGGUGCAAAUGCCCUUAAAAGGAGAAGAUGGUCUGUAUCAAGUUCCUCCUGGGUUUUCUAGAGGGUUGGUUAUGAAUAAAUCCGUUGAAGGUAAUAUCUUAAAUGAUGAGUUCAAUCCUGAUACUUGGGAGACAAAACAAGUACGACCUUCUAUGCAAAAAUUUACUACCCUUAAUGAACUAAAUGAACACUUGAAAAAUAUCAACUCAAAACAUACUGAAAUUGACGAUUUACUUCCCGACAAGAGCACCAUCGUUGCCCUUCCUUCUUCAAGUGGCAGUGUCUCCAAACGAAAAGACUAUGCUCACGUUGUAGAUAGUAACACUACUAUCGAUAACUUCCACCAACUGGUACCUGAGAUGGCGCUCGACUUUCCUUUUGAACUAGAUAAUUUUCAAAAGGAGGCUGUUUACCAUCUGGAAAUGGGUGAUUCCGUCUUUGUGGCUGCACAUACUAGUGCGGGAAAAACGGUUGUAGCUGAAUAUGCUAUAGCACUCGCUCAAAAGCACAUGACUAAAGCCAUCUACACCUCACCCAUUAAAGCACUGUCAAAUCAAAAAUUUCGUGACUUUAAGCAAAAGUUUGAAGAUGUGGGUAUCCUUACAGGAGAUGUUCAGGUUAAUCCAGAAGCAUCAUGCUUGAUUAUGACUACAGAAAUUUUAAGAAGUAUGUUGUAUCGUGGUGCUGAUUUGAUCCGUGAUGUCGAGUUUGUUGUUUUCGAUGAAGUCCAUUAUGUUAAUGAUUUGGAGAGAGGUGUUGUUUGGGAAGAAGUUAUUAUUAUGCUUCCUCCUCAUAUAACUGUUAUCCUUCUUUCUGCUACUGUUCCAAAUACAAAAGAGUUUGCUUCAUGGGUCGGACGUACUAAAAAGAAAAAUAUCUAUGUGAUUUCUACUUCCAAACGACCGGUUCCUCUUGAGCAUUACUUAUGGGUCAAAAAUAACGUCCAUAAGGUAGUUGACCAACAUGGCCGGUUCCUAAUGGAUGGAUACAAAUCUGCGAAUGAUGCGCUUAAAAAACCGGAUAAGAUUUUACCUCCUUCAAAUAACAACAAUGCUAGAGGUCGUGGUGGCACUCCUCGUGGAAGAGGAACUCAAGUUAACUUGAUGCGUGGAAGAGGCAAUGUCAAAUCAGUUGAACGACGAGAUGCAAAUACUUGGGUGCACUUAGCUGGCUAUCUUCAGAAGAACAAGUUAUUACCAGUAAUUAUAUUCGUUUUUUCAAAAAAGCGCUGUGAAGAAUACGUUGAUACUUUAUCUAAUAGGGAUUUGAAUAACCACCAAGAAAAAAGUGAAGUCCACAUUGUCAUUGAAAAGGCCGUAGCCCGUUUGAAGAAGGAAGACAGAACACUUCCUCAAAUUGGUCGUAUGCGUGAGAUGCUUUCGAGGGGCCUUGCGGUACAUCAUGGUGGUUUAUUGCCCAUUGUUAAAGAAAUAGUAGAGCUUUUGUUUCAGCGGGGACUCGUGAAAAUUCUUUAUGCAACGGAAACGUUUGCGAUGGGUGUUAAUAUGCCUGCACGAUCUGUUGUUUUCUCCGGCAUUCAGAAACAUGAUGGACGAAGUUUCCGCGAGCUUUUACCUGGUGAAUAUACUCAAUGUUCAGGUCGAGCAGGAAGACGUGGUUUGGAUGUUACUGGAACAGUAAUUAUUUUGUCUCGAGCCGAACUACCAGAUACCGCCAGUCUACGACACAUGAUCCUUGGUCCUUCAACAAAACUAAUUAGUCAGUUCAGGCUGACAUAUAACAUGGUCCUAAAUUUACUACGUGUUGAAACAUUGAGGAUUGAGGACAUGAUCAAACGUAGUUUCAGUGAAAAUGCAAAUCAGUCAUUGUUGCCCCAACAUGAGGCUGAGAUCAAAUCCAACGAAGAGAAGCUUUCACUACUUAAGAAAGAGCUUAACGACAUAGAUAUUCAAAUGAUGAAAGAGUGCAUUUAUCAAAGUGAAAGCUAUAAAGCAUUUACCCGGAAAUUGCAUUUGAAAGCUAUCUCUACGGCUACAGGUAGACGUGUCUUCCGUGAUGGGAGAUUAAUUGUCUAUCAACAACCCGAUAGUACUCGCAGCAUUGGUGUACUACUAGGAACAGUGACGCGCACUACUAGUGCAGAUUGUACCUUAGAAGUCGCUUAUUUGACACCUCAAAAUGCGAUGAAACGUCCUUCAGAUUUACUACCUUUUACUGAACCAUUUAUAGGAACAAUAGACGCUUCCUUGUUUGAUAGUCAGUUUAAAUUUGGGCUUGUUAGUCUUUCUAGCGUUGAGCGUGUAUGUGCAACGGUUCUGCGUAUCGAUUGUGGAGGUAUCCGUGACCGUCGAGGUGGAGCAUUUAGAAGAUUGAGCGAUCAGUUAGCUUCGGUAAAGGGAUUCAAUGAUCCUUUAUUUGAUGAGGCGGAUUGGAGCAAAGUGAAAGAUUUUGAUUUCUGCGAAGCUCAAGAGAAGCGAACAUUUGUUAGUCACAAACUUAUGUCUUAUGAGCCAUUGCUUCAAAAUAAUUUCGUCACACAAUAUGCACUAUGCUUCCAGGAAUACGAUUUGGAAAACAAUAUCAGCAAUUUGAGGGAAUUCAUUUCUGAUCAAAAUCUUGAACUACUUCCAGAUUACGAACAAAGAAUUCGGGUACUCCAAGAACUUCAAUAUAUUGAUGAAAAUAGGACUGUUUUAUUGAAGGGCCGAGUUGCUUGUGAAAUAAACUCUACGAGCGAACUGGUGUUGACAGAAUUGAUUCUAGAAAAUAGUUUGGGUGAAUUUUCUUGUGAAGAGACUAUAGCCUUACUUUCCGCAUUUGUUUUCGAUGAGAAAACCGACGUCGAACCCAAUAUCUCUUCUCAUUUACAAGAGGGUAAAGAAAUGAUUCUUCAAGUCGCUGAGAGAGUCAAUCGCAUUCAGGAAAAGCAUCAAGUGUUAUACUUUAAUGAGGGAAAUGAUUUCGAAUCGCAACCACGAUUUGGUUUGAUGGAAGUUUGUUAUGAAUGGGCAAGAGGUAUGUCCUUUAACCGAAUCACGGACUUGACAGAUAUAUUGGAAGGCUCCAUUGUUAGAACAAUUAUCCGCCUUGACGAAGUCCUUCGAGAAUGCCGUGGUGCAGCCCGUGUUGUAGGUGAUGCUUCAAUGUACUCUAAAAUGGAAGAAUGCCAAAAUCUCAUCCGGCGUAAUAUCGUUUUUUGCCCAUCUUUGUAUAUGUAAAAUUUUGAUCUAUAGCAAUUUAAAGAAUAUAUUUAAGUAUUAUGAAUAAUAAAAUACAAUUCAGCUUAUA